AUGGUGCGCUCACAAGUUUUGCCGCUAGAAUGCUUCGAUCUCGGCAUCUCUUACAUAGAACAGCCACCAUGGUUUAUAAUAGCGCGAGCCAUACUGCUGUCGCUAGCCGCCACCUCUUCAGCACUCCAGUACGUUGGUGUAGACUGGUCAUCCGUCCUAGUGGAAGAGGCUGCUGGUAUAUCCUACGCCUCUUCGUCCGGCGCCUCUCAGCCACUCGAGGAUAUCCUUGCCGACGCUAGAGUCAACACGGUCCGCCAGCGCGUCUGGGUGAACCCUUCCAACGGCGAAUACAACCUCGUCUAUAACCUUGAAAUCGCCAAGCGCGCUCAAACUGCUGAAUUCGACAUCUAUGUGGAUGUGCACCUGAGUGACACCUGGGCCGACCCGGCUCACCAGGCGAUCCCCUCAGGCUGGAGUAGCGACAUCACCACUCUGUCGUGGCAGCUGUACAACUAUACUCUUGAGGUAUCAAACACUUUUGCAGCUGCCGGUAUCAACCCAGCCAUCAUAUCCGUCGGUAAUGAGAUCAGGGGUGGCCUAUUGUGGCCUGUUGGCCACUAUAACAACCCAUACAACAUCGCCCGACUCCUGCAUUCGGGAUGCUCUGGCGUCAGAGACUCAAACAUCAGCCCGCCGCCAAAAAUCAUGCUUCACCUCGACAAUGGCUGGGACUGGGGCGUCCAAGAAUGGUUCUACAGCACUGUUCUCGGCCAGGGCCCGCUGCUGUCGAGUGACUUUGACCAGAUGGACGUCUCAUUCUACCCCUUUUAUGGCCAGUACGCGACUCUGAGCAACCUGGGGUCGACGUUGGGGAACAUGGCCAGCACAUUUGGCAAGGAGCUUCUGGUCGUGGAAACAAACUGGCCAACUUCUUGCCCUUCCCCGCAAUAUCCAUCCCCAAGCGAUGUGUCCAGCAUCCCAUUCACACCGGAAAGACAGAGCGAGUAUGUGAAGAAGGUAGCUGACGUUGUGGCUGGCGUCAACGGCGGUGCUGGGUUGUUCUACUGGGAGCCAGCUUGGGUGGACAACCAAGCCUUAGGUUCUUCCUGCAAUUCCAACACCAUGUUUGCGUGGCCGGGCAAGGCACUGUCGAGCCUCAAUGUGUUCUCGCGCAUUUAG